AUGGCUCCUGUUUCAUCGUGUGUUUUUGUCGAGGCGAGCGAGACGCUCGCACAGCGACGCACAAGCGCUGAGAUGCACCCGAAUGUCCAACAACAUGACGGACUUUCUGCGCGGUCACCCGCAUCACCGCUCGCACAAGUGCCGGGUCGAUCGGACAACACACACACAUACGAUGCCAACGCGAGCGAGGAGGUCGACGUUGUGAGCGCCACGACUUGCGCUUCAUCUCCAGAAGCGGUUCUUGAACAGCCGCGCCACGUCGCCCCACCACAGCAGCGUCCAGGGCGUCUGCAGCGGGCGCCUCGGCGUCGCUGGCGAUCGCGCUCGGCAUCAGCCCCUGAGUUGUCCUUACCGACGCCGCCGCCACAGCAUCUCUUCACGCGUGCGCGCGCCAGUCGCGAACAUGCGAACGAAGAUGCACGGUCGACAGGGGUCAGCCUCAGCAGUGUCACGGCCGUGGGUAGUCGCAGUCGCAGCUCGAGCAUGCUGGAUGGCAUGCGCCUCAGCCCCCCGCUAGUGACAACGGCAGCGCCAGGCAUCUCCGGGGUUACGAGUGCUGAUGACGAGGAGCACAGAGCCGAGCACGCCUCCGUGCUGUCUUGGAAUCCGCGCUCACGAGCUCACCCUCUACAUGGUGUCACCCAUCACGGCAGCAGCGCCAAGCGGAAGCGAUGCCUCGGCCACCGACCGUGGUCGGCAAGCGACGGACGGCCGCCGCCUGACUCACCGCAGCAGCCGCCGCUGCGGACGUCCCUCCCGAGCGCUCGCCCGUAUACGUAUGAUAUUCCUGCGACACUAGCAGGCCUUCUCUGCCGCUACCUCUCCCGGACACCGCCGUUAUCACCGGUAGAGGCUGCAGCAGGGGUCCCUCUGCCCGAAGAUGGCACCGCGUGCACUCGCUUUCUCUCAGUACGCUGGGGCUGCGUGGAGAUCACGGCGCCGCAGUCCCAGUCCAGUCCGCAUCGACGGCCUCCCGUGGAGGGGUGCUCGUGGACCGCGGCGUCUUCUUCCCCUUCCGCGCGCCCCCCUCCUCGUCCACCACUUCGUGCAGCGUCGUCCCCUUCACCACCACCGCGGUUGUCGGCCACCCACGUCAUUAACAAGCACGACGCCGACAAGGAGAAACGUGGCAGCAGCUCCGGUUGCAGCGCCACGAGUUGUCACGUUCCGCAUCGGUCGCAGCAGCCGCAACAGCAGGAGCACCUGUGGAACCUUCUCACGCACUACCCGCGUGACGCGAGUGCCUGUCUCGCGCUGGGCCUCAGCGUCUGCGCGGCGCUGGAUGCCAUGCGGGCAGCACCACCACCAGUGCUGCCCGUGGCGGUGCUGCAGGACAUCGCGGCGACGACGGCGACAGAGGUCUGCUUUUUCGUCCACGCCUGCGAGGAGGCGUGGCAGACGCCAGACAACGCAUCACCCGAGUCAACGGCAGCUCCACCGCCGCUCGCCAGGAGCGUCGACCACGCUACGUGCACGUGUGGUUGUUUGGCCGCGGGGCAGCUGCUCGACCCCGCUCUGUAUAGGUUUCAUCUCCUGUACUACCGCCACCACCAUCGCUAUGCGCCGUUGCCGCGGGGCGACGGCGGCGAAGGUCAAGCUGGCGAGUCGGUGAUGCGCGAUGCGCACAACGGUGGCGAGCGCAACGCGCUUGAGGAGGCGAGGGCAGCGGUUUUUGGCCACCCGCACGUUCAGGGGCAGCUGCCUCGACACCCACAGCACGCCCCGCUUCCUCCCCAUUAUGGGCGGCAGGUUCCCGGCACAGCGGCCGAGCGGGCACCCGUGCCCACUGCCACCCCUCCCCCUCCCCACUUCGCGCGUGUUCAAGGCACCUCGCCGACGGUGCUGCUGCCACUCCUUGCCGUGCAGACGCUCUCCAGAUUUGUGGGGGUCUCCAACGCGCGUCGGAGUUCGGCGAUGUCUCGUCAGCGACGGCGCUGGGGACUACGCGAGACGCGGCGAAGUUGUCAGCGCUCUUCCGCCGCCCCUCCAGGGUCCACUGCCACUGCCUCACCACCUCUGCUGGCGGCGGAUUCGGCGAGCGCGGCGGCGCUGGACAAGCAGGCGAUCUCGAGACCAUCCACGAUGCAACCGGCGCAAACGGCGAAGGGUAAGGACGACGAGGCGGAGGCGGAUCCAGUUAGCAACUACGCUCACUUCUGCGAUGAGACGGAGCGGUUGUGGGCUGUGAUGGCGAGCGUCUUGCUCGCUUGGAAGCAGCUCGAGCAGUGCGUCUCCUUGACUGUGCUCGUGCCGCGGCUGGAGGUGCUUCCCUCAUCCUCAUUGCACGCGCGGCAGUUCGCGCCGCAGUCACCAUCUUUGCAUGUCUCGAGAUCGUCGGACCUGUCUCCGCUCGCGCGCGCCGCCGCGUCGAUGCGGCUGCACCAAACCACUGUUGAAGGCAUGCUGCUGCAUGCCGCCUUUGAGCGCGCCGCGCUCGCUCGCCUGCGCGUCCGUCUUCUCUCCCUUUCCCCGAGGCCCCGAGACACGGCAGAGGCAAACCUGAGUGGCGACGUCGCAUCCUCGCUGCUCAUGAUGGAGAGCUUCCUGUACAGUGAGUUGAAGGGUCGGAUUGCCCACCUGCCGCUGUGGUGCGCCGUGGCGGUGGAGGUGCUGCAGCUCUACAUUGAGCAGUCUCGCCACGAUCGCGCGUUGCGGGAGCGAAGGGCGCAGGAGGAGAGCGACGGCGCUACUGUUCCGGGCGCUGCGGGCCGCAACGAUCACGCGGCAUGGGACUUUGUGCACUCCAGCCGUGUGCAGCAAGUCGUGCUACUCGCCACACGCAUCAUGACCCUUCCCUGCAUGUUCGCCAACGGCGCCUCCACUCCUGCCUUGGCAGCGGCCCGAGCCGAAACACCGCCGCCGCCACCGUGUCGGACGUGCAGAUGGCACCGAACCUCGCUGGCAAAUCACGCUGCGAGGGCCGCCCGUGAAUGUGACGACUCGCAGCACGCCUCGCAUGACUUCCAGGCCGCCGCAGCAACACCCGCUUCGCCUGUAGGUGCAAAAGUGGCUGUGCCAGUCUCGGCGGCGACCGUGACGCAGCUCUCGGCGGUGAUGGCCCGGCAUCCGCUCUUCGGCGUUGCUGUGGCGGUGGUCGGUGGUGGCGUACCACUGCACUGGGCCGAGGCGUGUGUGGCACCGCGCGCAAUGAAUGUCCACUCUCUCGCAACAGUGCCACCGCCGCCUCUGCCAGCACAGGUGAACAGCCGCAGUGGCGACGGGGUAGAUGCGUGUCGGACUCGUGUCGCCGCCAUGGCGGCAGCAGACGCUGAGGCACAGACAGCGUUGCGUCGACUGGUGCAACUUCUCCACAAGUGGCUGCGAGAGGCGGAAAGGCGUGCAUGA